AUGCGUGGCCGACGCUUCGGAUCGAUUGUGAGCGUGAAUGAAGGCACGGAGAAGAAGAAGAAGUCCACCUGGAACAUCCUGAGACGCCGGACCAACUCCAACAGCACGGUCAGCAAGAACAAUGUGGUCAGUUUUGAUUUUGAGGCGAUAAGGUUUUGAAGAUAAUCCUUCUUUAAGUGUGCCAAAUAUAAUAUUGUGUUGGCUAGUAUUAUUUUGAGUUUGGGGGGGGGGUUUCAAAGGGUGAUUGAGGUCUGAAACGAUUAGAUUCCUUCAAAACCUUGAAGAAUAUCCAAAGUUUUGAACAAAACUGAAUUCGGAAGGAGGACAUUAGCUAUAGAUGUGUGUGAGGAGGAUAAUGGAGGAAUAUGUGAAAAGCCUCGGAAUUGAAAGCAUAUUCGAAAUGCCACCAUUUUAAACGAAUUCUGAACAAACGAUAUUCUCCAUGGGAGAUCGGCGGAGUUGAUCCCAAAAUUGAGGGAUUCGCUGUGAAUUGAGAACUCGUGAAAUGUACCUUUAAAUUAUCUGGACUGAAGCUUUGUGACUCAUAAGAAGAAGGUCGAUGUGAGGAGCGUCUGCCAUUUCUUUUUGCGCGUUGUGUCCAGAAAGUGCUUUAUAUUGCCGUAAAAUAUAAUUUGGGCGCCGUUGUGCUGCUUGGCCGAGGGAUCGCGGCGGUUUUGGCCAUUAUUUGGGUAGAUUUGAUUCCUGCGAGGAAUUUGUAUUGUUCCGGUUAUUUAAUUAUAUUGUGUUAGGUGAUUUGGUUAUAUUAUAGUAGGUAAAAACAUCUAGAAAUAUUUUUAGAUUGAGAUCUUUGCUUUUACGAUUGAUAUGGCUGUUUGGGAAAGUAACAUUAGUUGAGUCAAAAGGUUAAUAUAAAAAUACUUGUGAUAGUUGAUGCGCGUAUAUUGUAGCGAGAAAAGCGUUUUUGAAUUAAAUUUUCAUGUUUAUAUAGGUGAUUGAAUAAUUUUUAUAUUGGCAAACGGUUUUUUACAUUAUUAGAUUUAGAAGCAGUAUUUCAGGAGCUCGUGAGUCGCCAACCCAGCACCUCAACUAACACCUCACCCUCAAACAACGAAAACUUACCUCCAAUACCACGUACUCCCAAGAACAGUACCACUGCGUACCAUCAAAAGCCGUCUUCGAGCCAAUCUAACCACUCAGGCACCACUUUCUCAUCCGGUAAUUCGAGUUUUAUUGUUUUUGGGAUGGAUAAUAUCUGGAACGCCGUUUAUUUUGUAUAUUCGCUUUUUCGCGCUCGAUUCGAAGCGUUUGAAGGAACGUUUAACCUUGUCUCACUCUUCCUUAACUGCUCCCGUUUUAGGUAAUUCUGUCUCUGAGCAUCAACAAUCCGCUAAUUCUGAACUUUCACGAACACCCAGAAGUAUGAUUGUAGGUUUACUGUACUAUUUUGGGGGUUUUUUGAGAAAAAGUUUUGGUUUUUGACAAAAAUUGGCUGGUUUUGGUAUUAAAAUAUAUACUGAGUUUUGUAAAAAAGGUAACAUUUCAUAUUUUUGAUACAUUUUUUGAACAAAGCUUGAGCAACUACAAUAUAAAAAUUGUUUAGCACGCCCAACACGCCCCAUCUAACCCUCCCCCGCCUGUUCCCGGCUCAAACCACUCAUAUUAUACACCGAAACGUCUGAACAACGACUUCAUUGUGGGUAAUGGCACACCAACGCCUCAGGCCAAAUCCUUUGUGACGCCUACAGUUACCCCGUCGGCCAAGCCCGUUCUCCCCGCCAAACCCGUGAGUCAGCCGAAGGAAGAGGAGAAGGAGAAUUCUCAGGUGAUUGAGAAGACCGGAAGGUAUCCGAAGGUCAAGCUGAACGGACUCGUGGGCUUCGCUUCUCUGCCUUAUCAAGUAGUUAGGAGAUGUCAGAGCAAAGGGUACGUAUGUUGUUUAUGUGGGAAACGCGUUACUAGAGUGUAUCUUUGAGAAUACUAGGCUUUUGGGUGUAGUUUUGGCUGUAAAAUUGUAAUUUAUUUGAGUAAGAAGUACAACGUUAACCUUAUAUUUGACUUUAGAUUCCAAUUCAACUUGUUAUGUGUUGGAGAAACAGGCACAGGCAAGACAACACUGAUCGAGUCUUUGUUCGGGAUCACUUUGAACGAGUUCAAUCCUUGUGAUAACGAACUGAACACAGUAGAGUUGAAGACCAAAGAAUGUGGUAAGUUGAUAGAAUAUGUUUUUAUGUUGGUGAAAUAAAUAUUAAGAUUAUUUAUUGUUUAAUACUUAAAUUUUAGAAAUCACGGAGGGCGAAGUUAACGUGAAGCUGCGAGUAGUGGAGACAGCCGGCUUCGGAGAUCAGUUGGACAAAAACAAGAGUGCCAAAGUGAUUGUAGACUUCAUCAAUGAUCAGUUCGAAGCCAGAUUGAGAGACGAGUUGAUGGUGAAAAGGAAUCUGUCUGCUUUCGACGACAAAAGGAUCCAUGCUUGUCUAUACUUCAUUUCUCCUACUGGGCAUGGGUAUGGUUAUGCAUUUUAACUUAUUUUUGAACUUUUAUCAUUUGAACUUUUAACAAUAACUUUAUGUUUUUAGAUAACUAUAAAUACUUGUGAUAGCUCUAUUUUGUUAAUAUAUUUCUUUUUUAGUUUGAAAGCCUUGGACAUUGUUACCAUGAAGGAGUUGAGCAAAAGAGUGAACGUCAUUCCGGUGAUUGCCAAGUCCGACACGACCAGUAAAGAAGAAUUGGCCAGGUUCAAGGCCAAGAUCCUGUCAGAGUUGAAGUCUCACAACAUUGAGAUCUAUCAGUUUCCAACCGACGACGAAGCUGUAGCCGAACAGAAUCGCAAGAUGAACUCUUUUAUACCGUUCGCCGUGGUCGGAAGUGUGGAUACUGUAACAAAGGAAGACGGUAGUGUGGUCAGAGCCCGACGGUAUCCGUGGGGGAUUGUCGAAGGUAAGAAGCAAUUUAGUUCUUGUUUGAGCUUAAAAAUGUGAUUGUCUGUGUAUAUUAUAUUAAUUUUGCUCUUUUCAAUAAUGUAGUUAAUAUAUUGUAUUUUACUGCUUUUAGUGGAGAACAAAGAACACUGUGACUUUGUGUAUCUUCGAGAAGCCGUCUUGAGAAUAAAUGUGGAUUCUCUGAGAGAACGAACUCAGUACGUGUUGUACGAAGCCUACCGUCGUGAACGACUUCGUGAGCUGAAGAUCAGAGACGGAGACACUGGACCCAACAUGGAGAAGGCGUGUGAACUGGUAUGUGAUGGCAUUCUUUUGAAGCUGUUUGUUUUAUUUGGUAAUCUUGGUAGUAUUAACUGUGUACAUGUUGUGAUUGACAUUGUUUUAGCGGAACAAAGAGUUUGAACGAGAAUUGGAAAAGUCGGAAGAAACCUUUAUGCGCGACUUCGAGAGGCGAGUUCGAGAGAAAGAAGCCGAGAUUGGCCGUCGAAGUGGAUUAGUAAGUUCAUUAACUUGAUGUUUUAGUUAUACCUGCUUAUAUUACUUUAUAAUUCAUUUUUUGACGUUUUGUGUUUAAACUACAGUAAUAAAAUAACUUACCGUAACUUUUAGUUAAAAAUGCGUCGAGAAGAGGUCGAGCGAGAGUACCAAGAUGAACUGACAAAGUUGGAGCAGCAGAUAGCUCAGCUGACAGAAGAAAAGAAUCGACUGGAAGGCAAAGGAUCGACCAAAGACUCAGGAAAGAAGGCACGAAAGUAA